CCACAAAACUAUCAAACACAAACAAAACUAAAUAUCAUAAACCACUCUCCUCUAAACAAAAUGGAGUCAUUUUCUUUCUUGUCACCUACACUUUUAUACUUUCAUCUGCUUUUUCUGUUUACCUUUAAUUUAAUGUGCUUUGGCCCAAACAAAAUUGUAGCAAUGGCUGCAAUAUUAGGAAACCAAACAGAUCAUUUUGCAUUGCUCAAAUUUGAAGAAUCAAUAUCCAAUGAUCCAAAUGGAGUCUUAGAUUCUUGGAACUCUUCCAUCCACUUUUGUAAGUGGGGUGGAAUCACAUGCAACCCCAUGCAUCAAAGAGUUAUAGGAUUGAACCUAGAAGGAUAUCAGUUACAUGGAUCUUUAUCUCCCCAUAUUGGUAAUCUCACUUUACUGAAAAAUCUCAACCUUGGAAACAACAGCUUCUAUGGAGAAAUCCCAAAGGAGUUAGGUAAGUUGCUACAAUUGGAACAACUUUAUCUCACCAAUAACUCUUUUGUAGGUGAAAUUCCUACAAACUUGACAUAUUGCUCCAAUCUUAAAGACUUAUUCCUGUCAGGGAACAAUCUCAUUGGUAAAAUACCAAUUGCAAUUGCCUCGUUGAAAAUGCUUCAAAGAAUGACUCUUUCUAGUAACAAAUUAACCGGAGGAAUCCCUUCAUUCAUAGGGAAUCUUUCAUGCUUAACACGGUUUUCGUUUGCCGAUAACAACUUAGAAGGAGAUAUUCCACAGGCAAUUUGUCUCCUCAAAAACUUGACAGUUUUACGAGUGGGUGUGAACAAUUUGUCAGGUACCCCUCCUUCUUGUCUUUACAACAUCACCUCACUUACUAUAUUUUUCUUGGCAAUAAAUAACUUUCAUGGCCCUCUUCCACCCAACAUGUUUCACACUCUCCCAAAUAUCCAAAUGUUUGGUAUUGCAAAAAAUCAAUUUUCAGGUCCAAUCCCUACUUCUAUAAAUGCAUCUUCUUCCAUUAAUUUUCUUGAUAUCCCUGACAAUAAUUUUGUUGGGCAAGUUCCAAGUCUAGGAAAGCUAAAAGAUUUAUACCAUCUAAAUUUGGAACGAAACAAUUUAGGUAACAAUUCCGCUAAGGAUUUAGAGUUUUUAAAACCUUUGACAAACUGUAGUAAAUUGUAUUUGCUUUCUUUUGACACAAAUAACUUUGGAGGCGUUCUGCCAAAUUCUAUAGGCAAUUUAAGCAAUGAGCUUAAAAUGCUAUAUCUUGGGUGUAACAUGAUAUCAGGAAAAAUUCCUGCUGAAUUAGGACAUCUAGUUGGCUUAAUAUCCUUGUACUUGGAAUCUAACCACCUUGAAGGAGUUAUUCCAACUACUUUUGGAAAGUUUCAAAAAUUGCAACUGUUAAGUUUAAGAAAUAACAAGUUGUCAGGAGAUAUACCACACUUUGUAGGUAAUCUCAGUCAAUUGUUUAUUUUGGAUUUAUAUGAUAAUACAUUUGAGGGAAAUAUUCCUCCAAGCAUAGGAAACUGCCAAAAGUUACAAUAUCUAAAACUUUCACAAAAUAAGUUUAGAGGAACCAUACCUUUAGAGGUUUUUAAUCUUUUUUCUUUAACAAACCUCUUGGACUUGUCACAUAACUCUUUGAGUGGUAGCUUACCAAAAGAAGUGGGUAUGCUAAAAAAUAUAGAUUGGCUAGAUGUUUCUGAAAAUCAUUUGUCUGGGAAUAUUCCUGAAACUAUUGGUGAAUGUGUAAGCUUAGAGUACCUCAAUUUACAAGGGAAUUCCUUCAACGGAACAAUACCAUCCUCUUUGGCUUCUCACAAAGGUCUGCGAUAUUUGGACCUAUCAAGAAAUCAAUUCUACGGACCAAUUCCUGAUGCUAUGCAAAACAUCUCUAGCUUAGAAUACUUGGAUGUUUCUUACAACAUGUUGGAAGGUGAGGUGCCGAUAUAUGGUGUAUUUGGAAAUGCAACACAAGUAGAAAUUAUUGGAAACAAUAAGCUUUGUGGAGGUAUUGCACAACUGCAUCUACCACCAUGCCAUAUCAACGGCAUAAAACACCCAAAACACCAUGAAUUCAGGUUCAUAAUAGUGAUAGUUAGUGUGGUUUCUUUCCUUCUCAUUCUUUCAUUUAUUAUAACCAUCUAUUGGAUGAGGAAAAGAAAUCAAAAACAAUCUUUUGAUUCACCAACAAUCGAUCAACUAACUAAGGUUUCAUAUCAAGCCUUACAUCGAGGAACCGAUGGGUUCUCGACUAGAAACUUGAUAGGCUCAGGAAGUUUUGGUUCUGUGUACCGAGGAAAUCUUGUGUCAGAAGAUAAUUUUGUUGCUGUAAAGGUCUUGGACCUACAAAAACAGGGAGCUCACAAGAGUUUUAUUGUUGAAUGUAAUGCACUCAAAAAUAUUAGACACCGAAAUUUAGUUAAGAUCUUAACAUGUUGUUCGAGUACAGAUUACACAGGCCAAGAAUUUAAAGCUUUAGUUUUUGAUUACAUGAAAAAUGGAUGCUUAGAACAAUGGUUGCAUCCCGAGAUUUUAAAUGCAGAGCCUCCAACAACAUUAGACCUCAGUCAUAGACUAAACAUCAUUAUUGAUGUUGCUUCUGCGUUACAUUAUCUUCAUCAUGAAUGUGAGCAAUUGGUCAUUCAUUGUGAUCUAAAGCCAAGCAAUGUCCUUCUUGAUAAUGACAUGGUUGCACAUGUGAGUGAUUUUGGCAUAUCAAGACUCAUCUUAACCAUUGGCGGUACCUCCCAUAAAGAUACCAGUACAAUUGGAAUAAAGGGAACUGUUGGCUAUGCUCCUCCGGAGUAUGGAAUGGGUUUUGAAGUGUCCACAUGUGGUGACAUGUAUACCGUUGGAAUCCUUGUGUUGGAAAUGCUUACUGGUAGAAGACCCACCGAUGAAACUUUGGAAGACGGUCAAAAUCUGCAUAACUUUGUUCGGAUUUCAUUUCCUGACAAUCUUAUAAAUAUUUUAGACCCACAUAUUUUAUCAAGAGAUGCUGGAGUUUCAAUUAGAGAUGGAAACAGUGAAAAUCUUUUUCCAAGGGUAGAGGAGUGCUUAAUUUCACUUUUUAAGAUUGGGCUUGUUUGUUCAAUGGAAUCACCGAAAGAAAGAAUGAAUAUUGUGGAUGUCAAUAGAGAGCUUAUCAUAAUCAAAAAGGCCUUUCUUGCCGGUGUUCGCGCUCAUAAUUAGUAAUCAAAGCUGAACUAAAUUUCUAAGGUCAUUUGUGGAAAGAGGAUUGUAUUCAACUUGAUGCACUUUAAGAAACUUAAUGGUCCUCCAGCUGGAAGCGCGUGUAACAUUUUGUUUAAUGUAGAUUUUCUUGUAUUUAGUUGCUAUAAAUAAGUAAUGUUGUAUUGCAUUCUGUUUCAAUGAAAUGAGAAUUGAUACUUCUCCGAUAUUUAUCUUCAAUUUCAAUUAUUUGUCAUGUAUUUUAUUCUAUCAAUGUGCUUCUUUUAUUUUAUGAUGAUGAUAAACUCUAGACA